AUGAAUUGGACUGGAAGCAAAAGAAAUAAUUUCAAAUUAAAAACAGAAAAAGAGAAACAACGUGAAUUUUUUAAUCGACAGCUUUCAAAGAAUAAUCUCAUAUCGGGAAAACAAAAUAAUAAUCACAACAUGAUGGUGAUUAUUAAUGAAUCAAAAGAUGAAGAUGAAGAUGAAGAUAAAAAUUAUCUUGAUCAUAAAAUAACAACUAAAUCGUUACCAUCAUCAAUAUUAUUUGAUCUUGAACAUUCGAAAGCAAAUAUUUUUAUAAAUGAUCAUAAAAUUAAUUCUGCUUUUGAUUUGAUCACUAAAGAAAAAUCAGCAACUGACACAAGCUUGCAACAAAAAAAUAUCGAUUCUGAUAUUGAAAAUCAGAAAAGCGAGAGUAGUGAUGCUCAUGACCUAUUUGAAAACCGAAAUAUUAGUGACAAUGGUUUACAUAAAAAAAAUAAACCUGAAAAGAAGAAAGUGUUAUAUGAGGAAUCCGAACCAUCACCACAUUCAUCAUCAAGAGAAUUUACAAAUAUUAAUUCAAUAUCAUCAGUAAGAAAUUUUGCUACCACUUUGAUAGCACCUUCUAUCAGUUCGGAUUCAUUAAAAUGGCAUGAUUUUUUGAGAAGUAAAAGUGAUGAUGUCAAUGAUGAUAACUUGACAAAAAUAGAGAACAAUAGCAUUUCUCAUAAAUCAACCACAUCUGAUAUUAUUCAACAACAGGAUGAUAAUUCAGGAACUUUACUAUACAGCCUAAAAACCAUUUCAACUGCCACAUUAAAUAGCAAAUUAAAUUCUAUUUCAAAUAAUGAUUCAAAUAAUCUGCCAAUAAACCAAGCAACUAAAAUAUCAACUCGAGAUAUAAUCACUAAUUCUUGUCAUGAAAAAGAUUAUACUAGCACAUUAUCAAUACCAUUGCCAACAAUAACUACUACAUUGCUGCUACCACCAUUAGAAUUAUUAGCAAAGAAUGCAAACUUUUCUCCAAUCAAGACCAAUUCAAUUGAUGAUGGCUACUGCAAUUAUAGUGAUGGUGACAAUGAAACCGAAUUUGUAGAUUCACCAACUUUGAAAUACUCACGUGUCAAAAAUUCUAUUAAUUCUGAAGAUAAUUCAAUUGCAAUGAUGAAUGUUUUAGGAGAAUUUUAG